GGGCGUCGAAAACUCAAAAACAAAAACAAGGGGUUUGCUUCGGCCUCCGCUGUGGAGGCAGCGGUGCCGGCAGAGGGGCAGGGUUGGAGGGGCCGGCGCUGCGCCCCAGCUGGAGGGUGGGCGCACAGGGAGCGGGAUGAAGCUCGGGUUGUGAGGGCGAGGAGGCGGUGGCGGGGGGGGAGGGUCCGAUGCCUGUCCGGGGGCACCGCUGAGGCGGCGGGUCCCUGACCUCCGGAGACGGGUUCGGACGUCCCCGCCGCGCCCAGUCUUCCCUGGACCGUGACGCCGCAGGCUGGUGGAGGCGCGUCUCCGGCACGAUGAAGGAUUUGGGGGCAGAAUAUUUGGCGGGUCGUGAAGGGGUCCAGCUCUUCGGAUUGUUGAACCUCUAUCUGGAACAGGAACAGAGAUUCCAACCUCGAGAAAAAGGGCUAAGCUUGAUCGAGGCUACCCCGGAGGAUGAUAACACUUUGUGUCCAAGAUUGAGAAAUGCCAAAGUAGAAGAUUUAAGGAGUUUAACCAACUUUUUUGGAUCUUGCACUGAAACUUUUGUCCUGGCUGUCAAUAUUUUAGAUAGAUUCUUGGCUCUUAUGAAGGUGAAACCUAAACAUUUGUCUUGCAUUGGAGUCUGUUGUUUUUUGCUGGCUGCUAGAAUAGUUGAAGAAGAAUGCAAUAUUCCAUCCACUCAUGAUGUAAUCCGGAUUAGUCAAUGUAAAUGUACUGCUUCUGACAUAAAACGGAUGGAAAAAAUAAUUUCAGAAAAAUUGCACUAUGAAUUGGAAGCAACUACUGCCUUAAACUUUUUGCACUUAUACCAUACUAUUGUACUUUGUCAUACAUCAGAAAGGAAAGAAAUACUUAGUCUAGAUAAACUAGAAGCUCAGCUGAAAGCUUGCAACUGCCGACUUAUCUUUUCAAAAGCAAAACCAUCUGUGUUAGCUUUGUGCCUUCUCAAUUUGGAAGUAGAAACUUUGAAAUCCAUUGAAUUACUGGAAAUUCUUCUGCUUGUUAAAAAACAUUCCAAGGUUAAUGACACCGAGUUCAUUUAUUGGAGGGAGUUAGUUUCUAAAUGCCUAGCCGAAUAUUCUUCUCCUGAAUGUUGCAAACCAGAUCUUAAGAAAUUGGUUUGGAUUGUUUCAAGGCGCACAGCCCAGAACCUCCACAACAGCUACUACAGUGUUCCUGAGCUGCCAACGAUACCAGAGGGGGGUUGUUUUGAUGAAAGUGAAAGUGAAGACUCUUGUGAAGAUAUGAGUUGUGAAGAGAGUCUCAGCAGCUCUCCUUCCAGUGAUCAAGAGUGCACUUUCUUUUUCAACUUCAAAGUGGCACAGACACUAUGCUUUCCAUCUUAGAAAUCUAAUUGGUCUGUGUCAGAAUAUAAAGUGUGUGUACAGGUUUCAAAGCAAUAAAUGGGGGAGUAGGUAGUUUUCUGGUCCAUCCCCCAUCUAGGCAGAAACUGCAUAGACUGGAAUACCUACCUUCUAUUUAUUAUUCAGAUCAGAUCUGGCCUAUUUUCAUAUUUAAUCCUAAGCCAUCAAAUGGGUUAGUGCCUCUUAAACGAUUAAUGUUUUACACAUUGGCACUUUAUUUUUUUCAUUGAUCUUUAGCUACUUGGGGGAGGAGGGAAGGUGCUGAUACCUUCAAUUUGUUACUUUUCAAGAAGAUUUUUAAAGAUGAAUAGUGUAGCUUAAACUUUUUAUAAAGCCUUCACCUGUCUUUAUUUAAACAGAUUGGGAGUGUACAGGUGCUUCCUUAGCAGGGACCGUGGAUAACCCUUUAAUGGUUUAUCAUAGAUCUCCCCUACUCUCCAGUCUCAGAACAGAGAAUAUACUCUUCAUUGUCAUACACCUUUUUGUUUUGUUGUUUUUUAAAUGAUUAGUUACUCUCUGAUGCAGACUCUAUAAACUUAGAACUUACAAUACUGACAUUUCUGUGAAUUUUAGUAUGUAAUGUGUUAAUUGAAGUUUCUGCUAAAGCAGAAAUACUCGACAGGCUAUGGUUGUUAGAUAGUUGCAUUUUUAAUACCUAAGUAUUGUCAGACUAUAGUAUUAUUUUAAUGUUAUUAAAACAAUCCAUAAUCUGUUAGUUAUGCAUGCACCUGUAUGAAAGCAGUGCAGGAAGUUGAAGAGAACUAGGUAACUGUGGAAUGGAUAAAUGUUGAUCUAGUAGCAUAUUUUAUUUCUUAUAUUCAAAAAGUCUGCAUGAUUAUGUUUAUUUCCUUUGUAAUUCACAUUUCAAAAAUAAUGAUAUUAGUAUAUGGGUGCCAAGACUGAACAUGAAGUUAAAAAAAAAAGUGUUUGUAGUAUUCUAGUUUGGAGCAUAUCUGUGUGGUGGUACGGCCGUAAGAAUAGGGAUUUAGAAACUCUGUACCCAUGAGAUUUUGUACAGAGAAUUUUUUUUAACUUUAUAAAUUGUAUAUGAAAAUGUAAAUCUUAAAAAAUGUACAUAAAAAUACUGUAUUUUUUUACCUUGUGUGUGUGGUAGUCUAGUAAUUGCAUGUAAAUAUAAUUUAUUGUGUAUUCUGUAUUAUAAAUCAUACAUUGAUGACUUACUUUUUGAAUGGUAAGUCAACAUCCAUUGGAUGUUUUCUGAAGUGGAUCUUUUUGAAGUAAUAAUAGAUUGCAACUCAAAAUAAAAAUAUUAA